AUGCUAUUGUCAAUGCUUAUAUCCUUCAUAGAUUGGCUACUACUGGCACUACUGCUGACACUGGCACUGGCAUUGCUCUAUCUCAUGCUCAAUUCCGCCAACAACUUUAUCUUCAUCUCUUUGAAUUCUCAAGUCCUCUACCCUCAACUCGAUCAAAUUCAGAUCUUAAUCACCAUCGAAUUCCUCUGCCAGGACCUCGAGCUUGUGCCUGAUCUGAUCUCUCAUAUAAUCCAGUAG